CAUAAAUCAAGACCAUAAAGGGAGAAAACACCAGAUAUGAAGUAGUAGAGCACUUACUUGCUCUCAAUGCAAAAGGUCCCCAAGUCAAAGUCUUGCAGCACCAGGUACAGAUUUCUGCAUGAAUCCCUGGAGCGUCACUGUCAGUGUGUAGGUGAAUCACUGGUGCUCCUCAGCAGCUUCCCAUGUUCCUGUUUAUCAGACUUCAUAAUAAUAUCAAAAUAAAUGAGUUUGAACAGGACUGUUCCUCCCCAAUGCAGAAUGAUACGAUGUCCCGAGCCACCAUGCGGCUUUAGAGAUCAGAGAUCAACAAGAUUCUCUCACCGCACCAGUUGUGGGAUAAAUGCUGGGAGCAAACAUGCCCCUUGUACACUGCUAUGAUAGACCUGAUGAUGUGAUAGGAUGCCUAAGCUCCACAAGAUGAUUGUGUCUUUUCACAAGAACAUAUGCAGCACCGUCCAGUAUGAUGGUUCAUCCUUGGACACCUUCCCUAGAAAGAGCGGCGUGAAACAAGGCUGUGUCCCAACUCUCUUUGACAUAUCCUCCUCCCUGCUGCUCUCAUAUGGCACACUCUUCCAUUGCCUCUUGAGACAGACAGAUGCCAAUAGGAUUUCACUGAAUAAUCCAUUGAAGGAAUAUUCAAGACCCUGGCAACGCUUCUUACACUCAAUGUGACACAAUUGCAAACAGUGUCACUAUUUAUUUUCUCCUUGUUGCUAUUUAAGCUCCUUAACAGGCUCUCCAGUAUUCUGUCAACUGAAACUAAACGUGCUCCUUUCGUAUUACAAAGACCUGUGUUUACACAUAAGACAGUUUCUGAGCUAUUGUGGUGAGUUGUGACUUAGUAGCUGGCUGGUAGGGAUGCCAUAUGUCCUUUUUUUCCACGGGUAGUGUCGUUAAAUUAUGGUCCCAUUAUUUUGAACUCACUGGCCUUAUCAGCACAGCAUCAGCAACAGGUACCUUGAAAACACCUGCUUAUCAAGGGCGAAAGCAUCAGCGAGUUGGGCUUACGCAGCGCUAAACCGCACACACGGCCUUGGAAGGCUUUCCUUCUGCGCAUGCGCCACUCCAUCUUGCUCCCUCGACCUAAACGGCUGUCGCCCCAUUCUCCUCCGCGGCGCAUGCGUCACGCUCUGCACCUAGGCGACGCGAGCGAAAUUCUCGUCCCCGGCGCCGCGUGUCCUCGCGAUACGUCCGCCCGCGACGCCAUCCUGUCUGCCUCAGCUGCGUAGCUUGCUAGUAAGCCGCCCGUUAGGCGCGCUUCCUUGUUCUUUUGUGGGGGAGUCUCAGCCCUGCCGUUAGCGCCGACCGCCUGGGGAAGUGGGUGAGGUGUUGCCGGUGAGUGGGGUGGCGGGGGAGAGAGGUCGGGCAACUCCGUCGCCGAUGCGCCGGGAAAGUACGAGCCGAGGUGGGCGGACCCGCCUUCUCGGCUCCCUGAGAAAUUCAGCCUUGGGUCAGGUGGCGGGAUAAACGGGGGAGGGAAGGGAAGGGUUAAGCGGUGGCUUCCGCGCGCGAGAGAGAGCGAGGGUUCUAUUCUCUCCGUCCGCCAUUUUGAAUGUGGCGGUGAUUUGGCGGGGGAGGAGGGGGGAAAGAGCGGACGCGGCGCGCCAGGGCAGCGACUGGCUCGCCUGCCGGAGGCCGAGGUGCCCUUCAGCCUGGGGCUGGCGCUCGUGGCCCAACGGCUCGCCGCAAACGGCGACUUGGCAGCUAACAGCAUUAGUGCAGCCAAGGGAGCGAGGGUAGGGACGACAGAUCAACGGCAUCCCGGGCCUGACAAAAAGAGGCACGGCGACGCCUUCCUUUGGCUGUUUUAACCGGCGGAGAUUCACUCUUCCCCUCCCCCUCCCGUUUCUGAGAGCGGGCAUUCUUUGAUCUGCCACGCCCCCUCUGCCCAAGGUAGUUCGCGCCUGCGCGAUGGGUCUGUGCGUGUCGGGCAAGGAUUUGAGCGUAGUGUUGUAGCGUUGUUGAUAGUUGGGGGGAGUUUCCUGUGCCGGCUCCCCCGCCCCCCGCCUCGCCAUGCUCACUCAUGACGAGAUGUAAAGAGAUUGACUGUUCAGCUGUUUGGGAAAGAGCCCCAUUGUAGUCCUUGGGAAUUACAUCCGAGAAAACGCACGUAGUAGCAUUUAAGCUUGGGUAAGAGGGUAAAUUUCAUUCAUCACUUAGAUUAAAUCAGAAAGCGCUAGUAAAACUAAGGCUAAAUCGGUGCAACGUUGCAACCAUCACAGUUAGUGGCAAUACCGUACUGAAAGCCAUUGUGAUUUAAGAUUCAUAAUAAGUGCAGGGGUGGCAGUUCUUCGUUUUGUCUAACGCAACAUGUUUCUGUGUAUCAGCCAAAAUACACUUAGGUUGUUUGUAAAUGAGCCAUUUGACCUAGGUCAUUUCUACAGCUAAUCUACUUUUGAAAACAGAAAUAAGGUAAAGGAUAGAGUAGGUAAAGUAAUCGCUGUACAAGACACUUGAAAUACAUAGAUGCUUACAUGGACAGAUUUUGAACAUGUUCAGAAAUGACAGUACUAAAGUCAUUUCUGUCAAGAAAUCAUGUCCUUUGUGUUCAUACCUACAUAGGUUCUGUUACAGUUUUGGGAAACAUAGCUUCUCUCACUUAGUUUGGUUACCUAUAGUGAAUAUUAAUAAAUCUAUAAAAGAUGGUUCCAGGGCAAUUAAAAAAAGUAAUACCUGUUUUCCCCAAUGAUACAUAUCUUUCAUGCAGUGGGAUUUUUUUACAAUGGAAAGAUUUCCAAAUGUGCCACUAAAUAACUUAGGCUGCAGUUGGAUGCACAGUUAUAUGGAAGUAAGUUCCAUAGAACACAGUGGGACUUAUGAGUAAACAUGCACAGGAUCAUACUGUUAGUUUUCUCUAAUUUAAUUGCAUUACUUUGAUAAAUAAUAUUUGGCUUAACUACUGUUAAGACUAUGCAGAGGUCUUCAAGCAGAAAGUCUUAUUUUUGUUGUCUGAAGAACUUUCUCAGCUUUAAAAACUUUCAUACACUAGCAUGCAAAUGUUGUUCCAUGAGAGAUUACCUUACAUACUAUUGUGCAGGAUCAUAUGGCAAUAUAUCAGUUAUCUUGUUCUGUAAAUCUGGUCAAAUUUCUGUGUAGUUAAGAAUCCUAGAAUCAAAAAUGAAAAGCAGACUAAUGCCAGUAGGCGCUAAAAGAGGGAAAUGUUUACUAGUGUUGUUUACUAGUAUCUCCAUUUUGCUCCUGUUUACCAUAUUGCAAUAUGGGCCCUCUGGCUUAUUGUAUCCAAAUUCUAAAGUCUCUCUGCAUGAUUCAAUCACUGUUCUGUCCCUAGGAUAAAAGGAAAUCUGCACAAUUCUGUGCACUGCAGGUUAUCUUAAAGCACAUAGUGGAGGCUCCAGGUUAUAGUGGUGCUGUUCUUGACAGUAUUACACUGUAGCAGCUUAGGUGGAUUUUUAGGAUUAGCCUGCAAGAGAACUUUUUGAGGGGAAAAAGACCUGGAGUUUCAUACUGGAUGGUUGUGGUUGUUAAAGAUAAAGCUCAUCUUUCAUCUUUUUCAAGCAGGAAGCAUAGGAAAGAUGCACCCUUCUUUUCCAGAAGAGGUAUAAUCACUUCCAGACUACAAGAUUGAUGUUCUGACAGCUUAGACAACAAGCAUGACAACAACCAUAUGUUUGCAUAGGAGUAAAUUCCAUUUAAAACAGUGGGAUUUACACCUAAAUAAACAUACAAAGGAUUGCACUGAUGAGAUCAGUAGAUGUAAAACGCAAAUGUACAAUAGUCUGGGGGCAAAGGUAUAGAAUUUGGUGAACUAGAGUUAUACCUUUUUCUGAAAAGGUAAGCCAUGCACCAGGAAGAGAAGGAAUAAACCAAACAUUGUUAAGUACAGAGUGGGAUUUUCAUAAAAUUUUGAGUUGGAUAAUUGGAACUUGCAACAAAACGUUGCAGUGCAGAGUGUUCCAGCCACUCUCUUCCACCCCCCAAUUUUCCCUUCCCAGCAAUUGGUCAGCAUUCUAUACACAGUUUAUCUUCCCUGAGGAGGUGGUGGCGGUGGCUUUGUACUUUUACAAACCUCAGGGUUUUCCUGAGGAUACUAAUGCCUCCCUUGGGUAGUGCCAUUCUGGCUACAUAAGGACCAGCACUCAUAACACUGAGAACACUUAGUUUAUUUUUAAUGUGAUGUUAAUUUUAAAUGUAUAAAUACCUGCAAACUGAUUUGAGGUGGCAAAAUUACCUGAACUGAAAUAUUUUAGUACAGAAAAACAUGCAAUAAAGUGCAUAUAAUGUAAUCAUAAAAAUGUCUACUGAGAAGUGAGUCCCAUUGAGUGUGGGAAUGUUGAGGGUGGCAGGGGAGAUAUAUCGUUUAUUAAUAUCCUUCCUAACUUGCACUAGCAAGUUUCUUCAAUUAGCAGAGUCUUCACUUAGAGUGCAUUCCCUGUCUCACACAGCAGAAAGCUGGUUUCAAACUCGUGUGAGUUUCUUAAGACAAUAAGCAAUUCAAUCUGGCUUGUCCAGAUUGAGAUAUGUUCUAAUAUUCCUGGUAAGACCCCUUUUGAAUCCCUCCUAAAAGAAUAAAGACACCACAGUCUUAUUCGUAAGUAACAAAAAGAAGUUUUACUCAUGAUCAGGCAGAACACAGUGUGAUCCCUGAAGGCAGGCUUUAGGCUUAAAGUUACAAACAUGUACAGACAAAUUUACCCCAUAUGGGAGAUAACCUGGGGAACUGCGGUGGCAGCCAGCAGUCCAGUCCAGGUGAUGCAGGAAGCAGGCAGGACGAACAGGAAUGUCGAAAAGAGGAAUUUAGCAGCGUGACUUGGCCUUUUACCAGGUCUGGAGAGGUCAUGCCCACGUACUAGUCACAUGCAAGGAAGGAUGCUCCAGGCCAGGAAGCUUCAACUGGCUGGACCAAACAUUCCCUUGCAUGUCCACUCUAGCAAAACAAGGAAUGUUGUACUUGACUGCUCCCAGUGGAUUACAUCCCACAUUGAGUUCAGUGUAGCUCCGUUAAGUAGUACAUAUAGGAUUGCAACCUUACUGUGGUUAAGACUGCAGUCCUGUCACUGAGACAUAUUUUUUAGUAGACUCAUAAGCUUUACUUGAAAAUUGCACUCAUAAGCUUUACUUGAAAAUUAUUUUUAUUGGAAUACUUCUAAAUAUUUUAAGAUAUGACAAUUCAGUAUUAUUCAGAUUUUAUUUAGGCCGGGGAAAACAAAUACAUUGAAAACAGUUAACUUACUAAUUGUAGAUUGCUUGAAGAAAAACAUGUGCUUCCUAGGAGUAGCAGCUGGGAAAAGUUAACCACUGUUUUGAUUUUAGAAUUGACUCUUUUAUAUGCAUUUCAAAUUGACUUGUGUUUUGUUCAUUCAUUAUGUCACUAAUUGUUUUGUGAAACAAUGCAUUUUUCAAAGUGGAAAACUUUCAACAGAAAAAUUUACUAGUGGAAACCUUUUCUAUUUAAAAGGGAAAAAUUCCAGUUCACCUCACUAAGUACUUAAGCGUAUUAGCAUUGCGAGUCCUAAACAGAACAGGACAACAGAGGAUUGCGGGAAAGAAAGGGUUUGUAACCUAGGAGUACCAGUUCUUUUCUUCUGCUCCUCUGUGUUUAUUUUUAGAAAUAUUUAAUCUAUUAUACUUCUGUUGGUUUUUAUAACUGAUAGGCACUUUGCAGAUCACUUGUUGAAAAGCUGGGUAAGAAACACUGUAAGCAAAUAAUAUAUGACUCCAACGCCUAGGAUUUGGAAACAGUAAAGUGCUCUCCCAACAUAAAAAAAUAAAAUGUAAUAGUGAUAACUUAUUUCUUUGAGCUGGUGCGAAAGAGCAUGUUAUUUUCAACUGUCCAAGAGUAGUGUCUCCAAGUCAGGGUCUUCUGUUGUUUCAGAAUGUUUUUCAGCACCUUUACCAAACUGGGACUGAGGUUUUAUUCCUUUUGCUGCAUUUACUUUUAUAAUACAGUAUCAGCCAAUUGGCUGAAGUGAAUUUGAGUACUUACACCUAAACCCACCCCCAAGGAUUCCUCCGUCUGUAUAAUAUGCCCCAUUGUGAGCAAUUAAAAAAUCUAGGGCUCACCUUGCUCUAAUGAAAGAUGCGAAAAAAACUGUUAACUGGUGCUAUUGCUGAAACUUGUGAAGACUGAAGGCACUACCACUAGGAAUACAGUCCUGAGCAAAAGCUCAUUGAAGGGGUACUUGGUCAUGGGUUCAAAUAAAGGUCCCAUAAAAAUCUGUAAAGGGUAUAUUUAGCUGCCAUAUUAGAACAAUCUUGUUCGAAUAGUUAAGUUGGGGAAUAUUCUGCUCAUUUUUUUCUCCAUUCAAACUGAACCAUGGUUUGUAAUAGAAUACUGAGCCCUGAAAUAGAUUUAUGGGGAGCCAUGGAGUUGUAUCUAUCUGUUAGUGGAGAUCUGGAGAUCUAUGUGCUCUGGCUAUAUGGGGCUUUUAGCUCUGUUCUCUCCUUGCUGCAUUUUUUGAUUGAUUCAGCCUUUGGAAAUCAGAAAACAGUGCAAGGAGAGACUCUAGGAAAUAAGAGAAAUGGAGGGCAGGAUAUGUAUAGCCAUCUUCUUGGCCACUGCUUCUGCUUUGUAGAGGAGCUGGUGAAUAAUCUGUUGAUAUUGCGGGUCAGUUGAGGUGUGAAGAGGUUCAGAACCGAUUGACUCUGUGUGUCCAUAAUUUGUUGGAUAGGUGUUUCCCAAAGAACCACUCCACUUUUAUAGUGACCUUGUACUUCAAGAAGAAUUUUUUUUAAAGCAAGGUUCCCACUAGUUUGUGCUUUGUAGAACAUAUCUGUGCUGUCUUCCUGCUUCAUCUGGCUAUGUGAGGCUAGCCUAUUUUAUGCAGAUCUGCUGUAGUUUCAUUAUCAGUUGGCCCUUGUAUAGAUUAAAAGUGAUUUGUCCACCAGAAAAGAGAAACACCUAAAUGACCAGUACAGGUCACUUCCUGACUGCUUGGUUAUGGAAAUUUAGCAGAAACCGCUGCAGGGUUAUUGCAUAAUUUCUGGCCAGACUUCAUGUAGAAUACUGUCAGGCUCGUAAGUUAUGCUCUGAUGGGUAUGGAGAGAGGAAGACAUUUACUAAAGUUACUAAAGACCCAUUUGGCUGUGGUUAGGAGGCUUCCAGUAUUUAUUGCGUUUUUCUUAUCCUUGGUCUCUCCUAGGAAGAAUGUGUUCAAAUGGGUCUCUAAACAGAUUUUCACCUUCCAAGUGGCUAUGUCAGACUUCAGUUUCAGAUUCAUAGUCUCCUAAUGUAGACAGAAAAGGAGACAUAGUAAGUCAUAGACGUGAAAAAUAAUUGCAGAGAGUCUAAGAAGGCCUCUGCAGUAAAUUCCUUAAUGAAGUGUUUGGUUAUCAUGGGAUGGGGAGAUAUGAACUUAACUGCCAGCCCAUUGAUGCAUUAGAGGUUGUUGUAACUGGGAUGGCUGAGAGGGACACCUCAUGGGACUUCCAUGGGGCAAACUCUUCUCUGGCAUUUGCUCUAGUAGGGCUGGUAAAUUAUCCCUCCCUAGGGUUGCUCCAUUCCUUGCUCACUGAUUGGUCAAAAAGGCUUGGGUUAGAAAUGGGCAUGCUUUCCUCUCUUGCUAUGGGGAGUACAUGGGAUUUUUAGUUUCAGGCUUUUCUUCUUGUUCCUGCUGCUGGAGAUUUUUAGAAGCUUUUACUAAAGGACUGAGGAGGAACAUCCAAUUUAAAUAGGUGCUCCUGCCAGUACUUGAUUGCAACAUUCUCUUCCUCAAUGAUUUACUUUGUCAGAUGCUGCAAAAGCUGAGCGGAGGUUGGGGCUGGAUUUGAGGUGCACAGGAGCAAAAGGCUUGCUAGCUGCAGGACUUGCCCAGUUUUGAGGGGAAUAGAUUGUAGAAACUGUAUUGCUGCUGGAACAGCUUUGGCUUCAGUAAUGGCAGUUGUGACUUUGUCUGCUUUUUCACUGUCUUACCUUUGCUGAAUCUUUUGCUGUUCUGCCUGUUGGGAUAUAUCCUUAGCUAAGACCAUCUUACCCAUGAAAGCAUGAGGUUCUGAGAUGGCACUUGCAGUGUGCCAUUUAGCCUCCCUGUUCUUAAAAGAAGGAAUUUCUUGCAUGUCGUCUGAGACUUUCUGUGUGUGAGAGCGAGCAGACCCAAUAAUGCCCCUUUCCCUCUUUUUGAAAAGUUUUUUCGUCAGAUGUGUACAAUGGGGAAUUCGGUUCUUUGUUAGGAAUUUUUCUUCCUCUCAGUGCCUGUAGUCUAUUUUUAGGUAGUGGGGAGGAAUGGGAGAAAACUUCUUACAUUGGCUUCUGUAGGACUCUAGCCUUGCAUCAGAGUCCUAUCUGUUCUUAGGCAGGACUUGACUAAACUGGGGAAGAUGUGCCUUCCUAUAGUAGUAGAGUGAGUUUCAACCUAAAUUAAAUGGUUAUUGCCCAUCAACUGGCAACUAAUAUAAAAUUAAAUUAUUUUAUAAUCAUUACAGCUUCUUAGUGAGUUGAACUACAUCAUUUUUGGAGAAUUUAUAUUACAUUUGAGGUUUUCAUAGUAUGCAUCUCCAAGUUGCAUCAUGAAUGAGUCCCACUAUAGUAGUGUCCUUUCAGAAUUUCCCAAAACAUAAAUGCAUGUAGUUCCUAAUUCCUGCCCUAUUUACUAGUACCCCAUUUUUAAAUUAAUUUUAUUUAUUAAAAUAUACCUUACGUUUUCGCAUUGAAAAAGUAUGCAUGGCAGCUUAAAGUCCUGUUAAAAAUAAACCUUUGGCUUGCCUCUCUCUACUUUGCUGUCAUUCUGUCUUGCUGGUCAUUCUAUCUUGUGUACCACCACCCCGCUCCACUUUCCCAGUUUACUGAAUUUUAUCCUGUGCUCAUUAACCCCCAUACCAUUCUUGCUUCCAAUUCACUGUCUCUCUUAGUUGUCAGAACUCCUGAUUCUGGGAAUCUCUACAGGAAUAUUGCCUUGGCUCUUCUAGCUGGCAUUGGAGGGAGAUGUGGAAGUGGCUUGUGUGCUAACAGAGGAGAGAAGUGUGCAUGUUAGUAGUCCAUAUGCAUUUUAGAAAAUAGUUCAAUGGCUUAACCAGCCUGCAGCACUAUGAAUUAAAGAAUAGCAUUGAUUGCAAUGAUUGGUUAUAUGUACUGAUUGGGCCAGUGCAUGGCUGAGCUAAUGUGAGAGGUGUUGGGGAGUCAUUUGCACUUUUCCAAGCAGUAGAAUUUGUCUUCAUAGAUAGUGCAUCUCUUUUGAGAACCUGAGGUAUUGAGAGUAGAUAUGUGGCAGGCUGCAUGAGCAGGUCAUGCUAGUUGUACUGAAUGAGUUCUAGACAACGGCAGUUGUAACUUACCACAGCAUUAUGCUUCAAUCAAUGUCUGAGCAUGUUUCAAGAUACUGCUAAUGAAUACAGUCCUGCUUAGGAAGGGGUGGGGGUGAAUCAUGAUUCUCAAAUGCUAAAUUUGCUGUUUAUGUUUUUUAUGGUGUUUGAUUUUAAACAGCAAAAUGGACUGGGCUGGGAAACAUAAUGGUCCAAAUGAUUCAUCUAGUGAUGGAACAGUACGAUUGCGUGGUCUGCCAUUUGGCUGCAGCAAGGAGGAGAUCGUUCAGUUCUUUCAAGGUAGCUCUAGUGUUAAUGUCAAGUGACUUUCAGUGUUUCUAUGUCUGCAAGAUUGAUAUUUGAAAUAGUUUAAUUUAUAUUGACUAUUUCAGGGGGGAGGGGGGAAUCAGUUUAACAUUUAGAUUGCUAAUUUUUGUGUUAAAAUACUACUAAUCAAGAGAUUGCAUUGGCAGUGUAGGAUAUAAAAUUUACCCAUUUAGAUACCUUGCUAUGAAUCAGAAUUUGGAGUAUGUAGUUAUUACAUCAUGCAAUAUAGGAGGGCCUUUGUGAUGUAGCUGUUGCUGUGUAGUCUGAACAAAGAGACAGUAAUAGAAUGUCUAAACCCAUAAAGUUUAAUGAAAGAUCUUUAGCGUGUGUAUUUGGGUUAGGUAGGGGAGGGGGAAGCUAAGCUAUGUUCUUGCAUUUGUGUAGAUUUGCUUUAAGUAUUUUCUACAGAUGGGAAUGUUUCAGACUUUAACACUCUUCCCCUUGAUGGGGUUAUUUGUCCUUGGGUUAAAGGGUUGGAAAUCGUGCCAAAUGGGAUAACAUUGACGCUGGACUACCAGGGGAGAAGCACAGGGGAGGCCUUCGUGCAGUUUGCUUCAAAGGAGAUAGCAGAAAAAGCUCUGGGGAAACACAAGGAAAGAAUAGGGCACAGGUGGGGAUGGAGAGUUUGGGAUGGUGUUAUUCGGGGGGUUGGGGGUCAGUUUUGCUUUUGGGGGGUUGGGGAGCAUAAAGUAACUGGCUAUUUAAAAACAACAACCUUACAAUCACCCUAAGUAACUUGGGAAGUAUAGUAGAUUUGGUGGGAGGGGGAAAUGGUAAUACUAUGUAGAUUGCUAAAAUUAGGAUAUUUCAAUUUUUGUGGAGGGUGUUCUAUGAUAGCCAGACAUUUUUCAAAGAAUUUAUUACUGGGGCAGGGGGGGAGUGUGAUUCAGAAAUUUGUUGUAUUUAAAAUGCGGUUAGAAUUCUUAGACAGUAAAAUAUAUAACUUAAAAUGCUUGCUUUUGCAUUUACAUUUCCUAAAAUUUAAGUGACACUUGAAAAAACAGGGUACACUUUUAUUGAAAGUGUAUCUAGAUAUAGAAUUCAGAGCAUUUGUGCAACUUGUUACUGUAUUUUUUUACCAGACAUCACAUAUGUGUAUUCUUACUUUUGUACAUUGAAAAUCUUUUUUUACUCAGAUAUAUUGAGAUCUUCAAAAGUAGUAAGAGUGAAAUCCGAGGAUUCUAUGACCCACCACGAAGAAUGAUGGGACAGCGACCUGGACCCUAUGAUAGACCAAUGGGAGGAAGAGGGGGUUAUUAUGGAGCUGGGCGUGGAAGUAUGUAUGACAGAAUGCGUCGAGGAGGUGGUGGAUAUGACGGUGGUAUGUGUAUCUAAUGACCACAGGCUCUUGUCAUUUUCACGUUCCUGACGUUUUGUCAAGAAAUACAGAAAUGACAGUAAUUAUAAUACAUACCAAGUCUGAAAUCUGGAUACCUAUCAGUUUUUUUACCAGCCGUGUGACUAAAGAUUGAAAAGGUAUGGAGAGGCAUCUGAAAUGAGAUUUUAAAUGUGGAUGAAACUUGGUUUGCAUGUCUUUGAGCCUGACAACUUUAUAAAUAGAAACUUGCUUAUAUAUUUGAUGUCAAGAGGUACUGAUUAUAUGCACAGUGAAUAACAGCUGAAUUUUAAAAAGACUGUUUCAUGGUAUGUCCACUUCUUAAAUCUCACAGGAUAUGGUGGCUUUGAUGAGUAUGGUGGCUAUAACAAUUAUGGCUAUGGAAAUGAUGGCUAUGAUGACAGAAUGAGAGAUGGUAGAGGUAAGAUUUAAAAGUUUUAUAGUAUUGUUCCUCAACCAUCAGGCCGUCUCACUGGCUCCCAAGGCAAAGAAAAAAGAACCACUUUUUUAUUGUUAAGUAGGGUUUUUUUAGAGCUGAGGGGUUGUUUUGAAUUCCUCAGGUUAUUUUGAAGUUGGAGAAAUACUAUGCACUGCUUUAAAAUUGUCAGUCCCAGCAUGUGAGUACAGUGGUAUCUCGAUUUUCGAAUGUAAUCCGUUCCGGGGGUCUGUUCGAGUUCCGAAACGUUCGAAAACUGAAAGCAGAAGCCUCAAUACGGAAGCCACGUUUCCUGUUCAACUUCUGAGGCGCAUUCGAAAACCGAGGCAUUUACUUCUGGGUUUUCAGCAUUCGAGUUCCAAAAUGUUUUGACUAUGGAAGCAUUCAAAACCGAGGUACCACUGUAGUUGGAAACCUACUGUUUUACAUGUCAGAAUGGGAGGGGGGUAAUUAUUUGGCAUGGAAGGAACCAAAAAAGUCCUAGUGAAAGUUAAUCCAGAGUAGGAUAUUUCUAGUGUAUAACCUAGUACAAUUUCAAGGGGGAGUAAACACAUAUUGGGAAUGCAUGUGCACAACUUUAUUAAAUCAUACAUUUAUUGAAUCUUUUGUGUUUUAGGAAUGGGAGGCCACGGCUAUGGUGGAGCAGGAGAUGCUAGCUCAGGCUUUCAUGGUGGUCACUUUGUUCACAUGAGAGGACUGCCAUUUCGAGCAACAGAAAACGAUAUUGCCAAUGUAAGCAUUGUAGACAAAUAUUCCUGGUUGAAACAAAGAUCUUAAAGAGUUUAAGAACCUGGUCUGACUCUUUAACAAUCAAAGUAGUUCACUGUUGCAGCAGCAACAGACGGGCUCAACUUUAAAGUAGUUCCUGAAGAUAUGAUGAAAUUACUGUAAUGCUCUAAUGGCUAUUUUUUUCAAAAUAAUUUAUAGCAAUUGAGAUGCAAUCAGGGUAUUUAUUUUUAAAAAACCUUGGGUUUAAUAUAAAUUAUAGCAGCUGCAGCUGUAAAUGAUCUGAAAUCUUCAAAUGGGGAGAAACGCAACAGCUAAGCCGAAUGUGGUCAGGGUGUACUAAUAGAUCACUUGAUGACUUGCAGUAAAUCAGCAAGUAUUUCUGACUGCUGUUAAACAAUAUCAACUGCAGUGACUAUGUAGAUUAGAAAAGAUGGCAAAUUAUUUUUUAAUGAUAGUAGCUCAAAACAAAUGAGUAAAAACUGAAGGUUUGCAUCAUUAGUAUAAAUGCAGGCAGAAGUGUGACAUCCCUGAUAAAGCAUGUGAAAUGGUCAUUAUAUGUUCAAGAUAACUGUUGUUUCAAUAUGAGAAAGUUCCUGCAAGUGGUAACUUACUAUUGCUCACUUUUAGUUUUUCUCACCAUUGACACCUAUAAGAGUUCACAUUGACAUUGGAGCAGAUGGAAGAGCAACAGGAGAAGCUGAUGUAGAAUUUGUAACACACGAAGAUGCAGUGACUGCCAUGUUGAAAGAUAAAAAUCAUAUGCGUAAGUUAUAGCAAACAUUGGAGCAGUUGAAAGCUCAGGAUUGCUGCCUUUGUAGUUCAUUGAAUAUCCAAGCUUGCUUGCAUAUUUUAGUUUAGUUUUAAUUUCCACUUAACAGCUGAUUUUUCAAAAAAGCCAAGAAAGGAAGCAAUCUUUCAUGUUACAUGAAAUGCUAACAUAGACAAUCCAGUAUCACUUCUUUUAGGAUUAGCAUGCCUGAGCUUUACACGUCUUAAGAAUGUUGUUUAAAAGAUUUGAUUACAUCAGAGUUUUUAAAGGAGUCUAUACUUGCAAGUAUUGAACAAGUUGUUCACGAAGCCACAUCUGCUGACCUUUCAACCCUUUCUUGAGUAUCCAUUUCUAUGGAAAGGUGCUAUAGUCUAUUCAGUGUGCCAGGCAGAAAGCACUUUGUAAAUUACUCCCUUGCUGCAUGUAUAUAAUUAUGAAUCCACAUUAAUUACCUAUUCAGUUAUGGGUGUUUAUUUCUUUUGUUUGUUUGUUUGUUUUAAAGAACAUCGAUACAUUGAGCUGUUCCUUAAUUCAACUGCUGGAGGUGGUUCUGGAAUGGGAGGUUACGGCAGAGAUGGAAUGGGUAUGCUUGAUUUUACAUUUUUAAUUCAAACUUAAAAGAUAUCUAGCCUCUGGAUAUUCUAACAACAGUGAGCAUUGUUUUCUAGAUCAAGUUGGUUAUGGUUCUGUUGGAAGAAUGGGAAUGGGCAGCAGUUACAGCGGAGGAUAUGGUACUCCUGACGGCUUGGGUGGCUAUGGUAAGUCUUAAGUAGGUAGGCAAACGGUUUCUUUUUAUAAUGCAAAGGUUCAUUGUCUUAUAAAGUAUUUGUUAACACGGGAACAAGAAUGCUGUAUUGUUUGCAUGCACAGAAACCAUAUAGAGAAAGAGUUGCAUGCUAAUGAUGAAGUUUGUGUCUAUUUCAUUUUAAACAAAUGUGGGGUAACUAUUGUUACUUUCUAGGUCGUGGCAGUGGAAAUAGCGGUGGAUACUAUGGACAAGGCAACAUGGGAGGCGGUGGAUGGCGUGGAAUGUAUUGAAGAGUGGCAUUGUGUCUGUGAAGCAUAUUGGAAGGAAACAGUACCUGGUCUACUAGACUUUCUUACAAAACUUAAUUUCUUUUGUAUUGAAAACUUUAUAAUGACUGAAGGAAUGUGUUUUCCCAUUAUUUGGUAAGCAACAGAUUGUGAUGGGGAAAUCUGUGUUCUGUAGGUUUUAUUUGUUGCAUACUCUGACUUUAAAUAAAUUUUUUAUAUUCAAACCACUGAUGUUGAUACUUUUUAUACUAGCUGCUCCUAAAGGUAUGUUCCAUAUUCCAAAACUGUUCAUUUAAGAUACUUGGUUCAUUAAAGCAGUUAUGCUGUAGGUUCUCUUAUUGAUGUAAAAUAUAACAACCAUCAAACUGGUACUAGUACAUUUGUUGAGAUUUGAAACAAAAGCAUAGGGUAACUUCUUUUAAUUAAUCUGAUACAAUCCUCUUGUCAGUGAAGACUUCCCUUGCCAGAAUGUCCCAAGACAUGAAGGCCAUGAGUUCAGGAAUGACCUAAUGCACAACUGCUAUAUAAAAACCCAGUUGAUGUAUGCAUGUCACAAAUCUCACCCUUAAAGUAUAUUAGUCUUUAUACUCCUCUCCUUGGCAAUCACAUUUUUUUGAUGAGUGAACAAGAGAGUAUUAUUUUAGUAACAUCCAUAGAGAAGUAGGAAACUAUUUAAUUUCCUAGAAAUCUUAAAAGGCUACUCCUCUGGCUGAAGGCUCCUGUUUAAGGACUAAGAAACUUGCCCAGCAGUCAGACAUAGAGACCUUGGCAAAUUAUGAGACUACACAAAUAUGUAGUCCUCUUACUGUGCAUUAACAUGUAAGAUUUUUGGAUUAAUUACUGUUAAGACACUUUAAAGCAUUCUCUGUGUAUCAGGAAAGGGUACUAAAUAUUCAAGUUUUCUUCAUUUCAACUGCUUGUCCCCCAAAUUCUUCCCAAUAAUUUGUCAAAUGUGAUUAUUGAAAGUUUGUUGCCUGUUUUUGAUAGUAAUGUUAUGUAUGUAAUAAAUGUCUUAUUGUGGGAGAUAGCAAAAUAGACUCCAUUCUAGGAA